CCAAAAUUCACACUCUUUACACCGCACUCAUCAACACGACAAGGGAUUUCGCCAACAAGCGGUCUCACUUUUGAGUAAUUGGUUGAAUUACACGGAUGCACAGAGCGCGUCGGGCGAGGCUUCGACAUUAUUUCUCUUUCGCCCGUGAGGGCGCCUGGGACUAAAAGCCCAUCGGUCCACCUCACCCGCAGAGGCAGCAACCACCACCUAGACGCUUCACUCGCAAAACACCAUGCUGCCAACACCCGACACAUCGCACGUGCCCUACGAGAGGGUCUACGAGCCCGCAGAGGACUCCUUCCUGCUCCUCGACACGCUCUCGUCCGACUCGGAGCGGGCCUUCCUGCGGGACUCGUUCUCGCACACGACGCCCCUCGUGGUCGAGCUCGGCACCGGCUCGGGCGUCGUCCUCGCCUUCGUGCACGCCCACGCGGCGACCCUCUUCGGCAGCCGCCGCGUGCUCACCGCCGGCGUCGACAUGAACGGCCACGCGUGCCGCGCGACGGCCGCGACGGCGCGCAGGGCGCAGGCCGACCACCCGGGCACCCACGGCGUGUUCCUGGGCGCCUGCCUGGGGGACCUGGCGGCGCCGUGGCGCGACGGCUGCGUCGACGUGCUCGUCUUCAACCCGCCGUACGUGCCGACGCCCGAGAUGCCUGCGCGUACGGGCGGGUGGGGGGCCGGCGACGGCGACGACGACAACGCCGUGCUGCUGCCGCCGCCGCCGGGCCAGACGCCCUCGUUCGACGACGACUCGUAUCUGCUGUCGCUGUCGUACGCGGGCGGCAUGGAUGGCAUGGAGACGACGGACCGCUUGAUCGAGCGCCUGCCCCGGAUACUAUCCCCCAAGGGCUGUGCGUACAUUCUGCUCUGCGCGCAGAACAAACCAGAUGAGGUGAAGAGGAGGAUAGAAGCGUUUGGCCCGGGCUGGCGAGCACUAACGGUGGGGUCGAGCGGCAAGACCGCUGGCUGGGAGAAGCUCCAGGUCAUACGGGUAUGGCGAGACGCUACGAGCGUCUCAUGACAUGCACGAGGCGAGGCAGGACAACAGUAGCACCUGCUGGGCAUGCGGCGUCUGUAUUCAGGAGCCACUUCUUGGUCCGCCCCUGGCCCCCCUGAUCCUCCGAACAAAGCACCAGCAUCCGGUGUAGAAUAGACUCC